UAUGCAAGCCCAGCUGUUCCUAUUUUUUACCAGUUACCUCAAAACUGGGGCUUGCCAUUUAUUUUCUUCGUUCAUACAGUUUAGUCGAAAUGAUUCUAUUGAAAGCAUUCUUGCUCUUGAUAGCAGUUCAGGCCUCAACCACUUCACUUUCCACACCACAAUCCUAUGAAAACUUUUCCGUUUUCAGGGUUUAUAUUAAAAAUCAUUCUGAUCAACAAGUGGUUGAUCAACUCCUUGAGCAACAUGUAAUCUACAACUUAUGGCACCGAUCCAUAACCGAAGUCCAUAUAAUGGUGAGCCCAAGGGCUCGGGACAAUUUUCUGGCUGUAAUGCGUAAGGAAAACAUUGUAGUAGAAGUAAUGAUAGAAAAUGUUCAGGCACUUAUAGAUAAGCAGAGCGGAAAAAUUCUUUCAAUUGCUGGUACUGAUUUAAAAAAUGCCGACAUUACAAGGACUCUAUUUUGAAUCAAAAUUAAGGACAAUAUAAAAUUUGUUGCACUGGAAAAAUUAAAAAAAAAUUUUUAAAAAAAUAAAACAAAAAAUCAAGAUAAAGUUAAGAAAACAAUAUUUUCAGCCCAAGAUACAAAGUGUGAUAGAUUCCCAAAAAUGUUUAAUAUUAAACAUGGCCCAAUCACAUGAUUUAAAAGCCA